UCCAUUUUCGCCGCCGCCGUUGGCCGGCAACGGCAUUGCCGCGCGCCCGCCGUAUCUGGCUUCGGCUGCCGUCGCCUCCCUCCCCGCCCUGCGCAACCCCUCCUCGCCGCGCCGUCAAGACGCCUGUCUUCUUCUCAUCUCGUCGGCGCUCGUCCUCCCUCCCUCCCUCCCCCAGGUCCUGCUUCCUCCCCAUGGCGUGGAUCUGGAUGGUCCUCGCGGCGGGAGCCGUGCUCCUGUGGGCGAUCUCUCUGGGAAGGAUCUUCUCCUCCGCCGCGCCGUCCUGUGUGCCCCUGAGCCCGCAGUUCAUGCCCCCUCUCCGCGGCGACAGGAGGACCCGGAACGUGAUGCUCGUCGUCGCCCACCCCGACGACGAGUCCAUGUUCUUUGCUCCAACUAUCCUUUUCCUCAAGUCAAAAGGUCACAACAUUCACAUUCUGUGCAUGUCUCGAGGUAAUGCUGAUGGUCUCGGAGAUACUCGUAAAGAAGAAUUGUACCAUGCCUGUGAAACCCUUAAGAUUCCACAUGAACAAGUUGAAGUCUUGGACCACCCGAAAUUGCAGGAUGGAUUUCAUGAGAAAUGGGACCAUGAACUAGUAUCAGAACUUGUCAUGGAGCAUGUCCAACUAUGGGUCAUUGACAUGCCUCUGCUUACUGGUGCAAUAUUUGAUGGCAUUUUAGAUUGUGACAUUUGAUUCAUAUGGAGUAUCAGGCCACCCAAACCACAGAGAUGUUCAUUACGGCAUAUGCAAGUUUCUCCAUGCGAAUAGGCAAGGAAAUGUUGAAGCUUGGGAACUAGCAAGCCUGAAUAUUCUUCGCAAGUACAGUGGUCCGGUUGACAUUUGGCUUUCUUCGCUGAUCUCCGUCUCAAGGUCAAAGCAGUCAAUCUAUACUCUAGUUAACAGUAGCCCGUCCAGAAGCUAUGAGGCAAUGGCUGCACACAGAAGUCAGUGGGUUUGGUUUAGAAGAGUGUUCGUCAUGCUCUCAAGUUAUACCUACAUAAACAUGCUACAGAAAAUUUAGCACGUGAUACGACGUCAUAUCAGAGCGAGCCGCCAUUGUCGUCUCCAAUGUCGUACUUGUGCGUUGUCAAUUGUAUAUUUGUACUGUAUGUAUCAAUGAUUUUAUAGGCAGUGCUCAUAGGGUGACUGUACGGCUUCUUGUUCCCAAUUCUCUACCAUAGUAUAUUUGUAAGUUCUUGGGUGUGGUCAAACGAUUUCUGGUUCGAUUUGACGUCCUUGACGAACUGACCUGCUAACUAAUCAAUCCUUCCGUUCU